AUGUCAAUGUUCUUCUCUCCACCUCUCUUGAUCCAGGAAGCUCUACGAGUCCUAAAAACACCCAUUAUCAGCCGCCACUCUCGCCACCGGUCGCCACCAUACAUGGCCGCGACCUCCACCAUCUCCGUUUGCUUCUUUUGUUAUUGGGAUUGGAGCUAUUUAGUUGAGAUCCAUCGGUCGAAGAUACAAAGGCAUUUCCAUCUCAAUAAGGAUGAGCACGAAAUAAAUUUUCUUGCUCCUAGCUGUUUGAAGAUCAAGGCAGUGGCGCACCUAGAGGGAAAGUAUGGAGGAAUGAGUAUGAAAGACAAAAAAAAUGCAUUCAGAUUGGGUGCUCUGAGGCCCACCGAUUGUUUCUAUGUUCCCGAUGUUGCAAUUUUGUAUUGGAUACAAUUGUCUUUUAUGAAUAACUUGAAAGUUUUGUUUCUCUCUAUCUCAAAUGCUAAUCCUCUUUAUUUUAUGGGUGAUGUGUGA